CAACAGCAACAACACCGAAACAGAAAGGAGAAAACAAAAAUCAAUAGGCGAUAAAAAGUGCUGUUAUCAGCGUGUUUUCGUCAUUACGCUUUGGAAUUGAAAUCGUUUUCGGUUUGCCUUGGCAUUGUUGGUAUCUCGUUGGUAUUCCGACAUAUCGUUGUUGCUGCCGCGAAACAAAGUACGCGGCAGCGGCAACAGCAUCGCUUACUGUUGUUUGGGUAGUCGCUGGCACCGACAAUGUCUGUGCAGCAGUUCUGCCUGCGCUGGAACAAUCACCAGCCAAACUUCAUAUCCGUCUGCUCUUCCCUGCUGCAUAAUGGGACGCUGGUGGACGUCACGCUUGCCGCGGAGGGCCGUCAACUGCAGGCCCAUAAAAUAGUGCUCUCCGCGUGCAGCUCGUACUUUCAGGCGCUAUUUACGACGAAUCCGUGCCAGCAUCCGAUUGUCAUACUGAAGGACGUGCAGUACGAUGAUCUCAAGACAAUGGUGGAUUUUAUGUACUACGGCGAGGUGAAUGUGUCGCAGGAGCAACUGCCGCACAUACUCAAAACGGCCGAGAUGCUCAAGAUAAAGGGCCUGGCCGAGAUGCCCACGGAUCCGGCCAACCUCACCAAAUCCGACAGCAAGUCCUCCAGCGAGGCCGCCGAGCUACUUGGACAAGCUGGCGCCAAUGUUGCUGGCACUAACGCUGGCGUGGCCGCUCCAAGUCUGGGAGCAGCUAGCGGUAGCAGCAGUGCCGGCGAUUCGCUUUGGAGUAGUAGUGAGGCGCAGCAGUUUCAGCAGCAUCAUCAGCAGCAGCUACAGCAACAACUGCAGCAGCAGCAAGCGCAACAACAGCAGCAGGCUCAACAACAACAGCAGCAGCAACAACAGCAACAGCAGCAGCAACAACAGCAACAACAACAGCAGCAGCAACAACAACAACAACAGCAGCAUCAUCACCACCAUCAUCAUCACCAACCACAACAGCAGCAGGGCAGCCAAGCACAGGGUUCGCAGACGCAUCACCAUCAGCUGAGGCGAACGCCAUCACCGCUAAGUGCUGGCACGUCGCCGGCCACACGGCGCAAGCGCUUGCGAAAAUCCUCAAAUAACGGUGAGUGCGACUUGGGCUCUGGUGAUCGAAACAACACGGAGGAGCAGCACAACAGCUCCUUGGAUGCAGCUGGCGCCGCUGGUAAUGCUGCUGGGAUAAGUCUGGCACAGAUGAGUCAAAUGUCUUUUGGCGGUGGAGCCGGCAGCAAUUCGACCGCGGCACUGGGCAGCCUUUCGGGCCACUCGAUGCAUGCUGCCAAGCUACUGAAAGAAUCGGCGAGCGCUGAGCUAGAGCAGCAGCCGCAGGACUCGGAUCUGGACGACGCUCACGGGCACAUACAUAUGCAAAUUAAACCCGAAGUGGACAUCGGCAGUGUGAAUCAGUCGAUGCCUCUGGACAUUUCUGGCACCACGACACCAUCGGAACACGACGCACCCAAUUCACAGUCAUCACACUCUGAGCCCAGCCCGGCGCAUGCCACGCAGCAUCAUCCAACGCUGGCCAUCACCCACAGCCAGGGCACCAAUACCAGCAGCAGCAGCGGCGGCAGCUUUGAGCGCACACCGAGCGAAACAGAUACGGCCACGGACCUGCAGACAUCGCAGUCGACGGCGGUGAUGGGCUCCAAACGGAAUCGCGUGCUGACGCGACAGCCGCGCGUGAAGCGUGACAGCGACAGUCUUUCGUCGACCAACCAGAUUUCGCCGGACACGGCGGCGACGACGCUGGACUUUGAUCCGUUCAAUGCGGCGGGCGCAGCCAACGCCAUAGCCAGGGACUAUUCGACGCAUCAUCAUCAGCAUCAGGCUCAGCACCAUCAACAUCAUCCUCAUCUGUUGAGCGUACCACCUCGAAUUGAGCGGCAUGCAUCUGAGCCAGCGCCUAGCCUGGCUUCCCCGACACCGCACCUGCUAAGUGUACCGGCCAGCACACCAUAUCUGAUUAAGCAACAUUCGGAUCCACUUCUGCCGCGUCAGCACUCGCUGCACGCCACCGGCACCGGCAGCAUUACGAGCACUAAUCCUUUUGCGCCGUUGCAUCGGCAAUACUCGCAUCCGCUAUCGGGAACUAAUGCUAGCUAUGUGCCGCCUGUUGCGCUACAUCAUCCACAUCAUAUAUCGCUGCCCGAGUCUAUUUACGCCUCUGGUUCGCCGCCGCCAGCCGGCUCGUCACAGUACCUGGUCCCAGCACGCGUAGUCACAUGCACAGCCUCGUCGAGUGAGACCGCGGCCACGCCGACAAACACAAGCGGUACCCCAGUUUCGGUGGUAACCUCGCCACCGGCAGGACUCAACAGCAUCAGCAGCAAUCGCCAGCCAUUUUCGCCCACAUAUGGUGGCAGCACGGAACCGUCUCCCAUUCCGGAACGACGCUCGCCGCACUCACCCCUCAUAAAUAUUGGGGAACGCAGCAGUGCAAGGGUUGAGACAGCCAAUGGCGGUGGUAAUAAGUUGCGUAGCUCCAAGUCAACAGGUAACAGCAGCGGUCACCUGCAUCCCAACCAGACCGCGACGACGAGUAGUUCAUUUGAGCAUUUGCCCACGCUGCGCGUGAAGAACGAGGAACUACAGCGCUCGGUGUCUUCUCCACAGACCCAACGUGAAAUAAUUACCUUGGAGAAUCCACGUUCUAGUCAUUGUCCCGUCAUUCGUCCUGGCCCAGCGCUGGGCUGCAAUUUCUGUUGGAAUACCAUCGAUGGACAUGGUCGCAUUUUGCGCCGCAAAACGAAAUACCACUGUCCCGAGUGUCAAACGAAUUUAUGCAUUGUGCCGUGCUUCCAGGAGUACCACGAGCGGCUCAACAAUGAGGCAGCCGCCGCAAGCAACAGCAGCGAAAGUCAGGCCAACAACAGCGGCAGCAGCAGCAGCAACAAGGGAACCGGAGCUUCCACAUACGCGUCCGCUGGCGGUGCUGCACGGCUCUACACGAAAACCGAAUCGAUAUAAGCAGCGCCUUGGAAUCGAGUGCUUUUUGCUUAACAAAUUUGUAUUUGUGACACGACGGGCCAUUCCCGCAAUGGGCGUCUGUCGAAUUUGUUGUUUGUCGCCAGGAAGUGCGCUGCGGCGCCAUCAAAUGGCUCGCCCGUGGCGCACUUUUCAUCCUGCAUCGAAAUUUUUCAUUUGUCACAGUCCCACUGUCCUGGACCUGGACACGAACUGUUCACGCGCAUUUUUGAAAGCGCAGCAAAAAUUGUUUUGUAUCUGCGCCACUUGGACGCAGCGAUGUACAUGUAGAUGCAUCCAAACUCGUACAUAGAUUCAUAUAUGUCUGUUUGUAAAUGCACGAGAAACAUUUUAAACUAAUUGUAAAGCGAGCUAUGUAAAUGUAAAGUAAUUGCUACGUACAUACGUAUGUACAUAUAUUCUUGUACACAUUGGAGAAACGAAAAUACAUAAAUCAAGAAAUCAAGAAAUAAAACAUUGGCGGUGCAGCCAAAUGGUGUGUACAGCCCAGAUCAAGCUCGAAUCAACAGUAAUAUAUAAAAAUCAAAAUCAACUUCUAUAUGCAUAUAUAUGGAGUACUACAAACUUCCCGCCAAAAACAACUAGGAUUGAGGGCGUAACCACGCCUUUAAGGCCAGGCACCGCUGCGCAGGCGCACGAUUUUGAAAUACGAUAUAUACCUGGUAAACUGAAUUUUGUGUUAAAUAAAUGUUUUGUAAGCGUAUUAAGAUAACCGAUAAACAUGCAUAUGGCAUGCGUAAAUUAUAAUCAAGCACAAUCUGAAUGUAAUGUAUUUUGUAAAAAUGCGAAUACGAAUCAAAAAAUCAAAUUGAACAGUCAGUCAAUAUUUCUCUACUGUUCAGUUAAGCUUGGUUACAUUUAGACAAUAUAGAAAGAGUACAAAAUUAAGUUCAAGCAAACGGCAGACAGACAAGCGGAAUGCCAAGUAAACCAAGUCAAAAAUAUUUAAAUCAAUUCAAUUUUAGAAAGCAAUUUCAUGCAAUUUCAAUUUCAUAAAUACUGAUUUAUUUCUUGAUGUUGUAAUUCGUUGAAAAUAAUUGAUAAUCAGCUCAUGAGAAUUUAAGGAAAACAAUUUUUGCACUCCUGAUAUACUAUGUGUAAAAACAUAAAUGAAUCAAAAGUUAAAUUAACAAAAGUUUCCAAAUUGUAAAAGCAUAUUUUAUAGAUCUUGACCCUAUCUAUUUUCUUACUACAUAUUCGAACCGGACUCCCAAACCUGAGUAAAAGAUUAAACUCUAUGUGGCGUGCCGUUGAUUAUCAAUAAAUAAUUGUUUUUAAAUUUACAAUUUCUAUAUAUCGCUUUUAUUGAUGUUUUCAUCUAAUUACCAUUU